AUGAAGAAACAGAGACUUGCAAAAAUUGCAACACUUCAAAAUGGAAAACAAAUGAAGCAGUCUUUGUUAACAAGAAAAAGAAAAAAAAUUCCUGCCAAGGUUCUUCGUUAUUUUCCAUUAAAACCUCGAUUACAGAGAUUAUUUUUAUCAUCAAAGACGACCGAGGAUAUGAGAUGGCACGCAACAGAUGCUAACAACGAUGGAAUGUUGAGGCAUCCUAGAGAUUCAGAAGCUUGGAAGAAAUUUGACUUGACACAUACUUGGUAUUCAUCAGAUCCGCGAAAUGUGCGUGUUGCAUUGGCUAGUGAUGGUUUUAAUCCUUUUGGUGUGAUGAAUACAAACAAUAGUAUUUGGCCAGUUAUUUUCAUUCCAUAUAACACUCCUCCAUGGGUUUGCAUGAAACAUACAUCAUUUAUAAUGUCAAUGAUAAUUCCCGGAAAAGAAGCACCAGGAAAUAAUAUUGAAGUCUACUUACAACCCUUAGUCAAAGAGCUGAAAGAGUUAUGGACAAAUGGUGUAGAUACAUACGAUUCUUUCAAGAAAGAUAUGUUCAAGUUGCAUGCAAAUUUGAUGUGGACGAUUAGUGACUUUCUAGGUAUGGGUGCACUUUCUGGGUGGAACACAUAUACAGGGCUUUCUUGCCCAUCGUGUAACUUUCAAACUACACCUCUCCGUCUUAAAGGUAGCCGUAAAUGGUGUUUUAUGGGUCAUUGUCGUUUCCUUGAUCGGAGACACAUGUUUAGAUUAAACAGGAUCUGCUUUAAUGGUGAACAAGAAAUGCGAAGUCCACCGAUAACAUUAUCUAGACAUGAAGUUUUUGAACAGGUUAAAGAUAUUGAAGUCAUCUUUGGUAAAGAUCCAGUGAAAGAAAAAUCACUAAAAAGAACAUUUGAGGGACAACCUAUAGAAGGUGAUAGUACACAAUUUGAUCCUACACUAGGUCAUCCUCAACAAUGGAGAAAAAAAAGCAUAUUUUUUGAACUUCCGUAUUAG